GACAUACAUACAUACAUACAUACGGCGCGCUCAUUCAAUUCCCUAUGGUUACUGCCCAAAACAUUGUUUUCGGAAUGUAAGGCUACCAUGAAGAAAGUUGUUAUGUAAAAAAUCGCCAACCCGAGUUUCUGCUGCCAUACGGUGAAAUGGCGCGUCUCAAGACCGUCCGCGCGCCCACAACCGCCAGUCUACCGAACAGCCUCCGAAUCCCCUCCACGACCCCAUCGCUGGUUAAAACCCUCGGAAAGAUUUCUCGACAGUCCCUUCUGGACCUCACGUUCGAAUGGCUGGAUGAGAAAAACGUGCAGUCCUUCCCACCAUUCCUCGAACGAGAUCAGACGGAGCGCGGAGACGAUGAGGAAAUCAACCCCUACCCCGCCGCGGUGACGGUAGAGGAUGUGCGUGAGGUGUAUCGCGAAUUGCAGAGCAGGAGGGGCGGAAAGCGCGAGGUUAUCGAUCGGAUACUAGAGGGAGACUGGCGGCAUGGAAUCACACUUCGACAGCUGGCGAUGGCGGAUCUGCGCUACGUCGAGGACCACCCCGCUGGUAGUCACCGGUGGACGGCGUUGAAAUUGGCUCCUAUCCGAGGAAGCAAGAGCAGUAGUCCAGACAGCGGUGUUGAUUCCGCAUCAGAUAUAACAGCUUGCAUCCCGCGGUUCCAUCCGUCGACAUUUCUGCAGAAUCUCCAACGCGAGAUAUCGUCCCUGGUGAAAGCGCAUUAUCAUAUCUCGCGCUCAAAGUCCUUACCAUUGACUUUUCUCCGCAUAUUCAUUACCGAUUCCCCAUAUCAAUAUCCUCGACAACCACCGGAGAUAUUCACGGAUGCUUCAAGAGUGGUAUAUGUUGCGUUUCCGGAUAGUUCUCCGUUUCUAUAUACCUCCAUCGCGGCCCCGCCGGGGACAAAAACCGCCCCUGCGGCUACUCAUCCCCUUGCAACUGAUACCCGGACUCUACAGCAUAUUUUACGAGAAGCUAUCCCCAAGGCCCUAUCCCGUCCUCAUGAGCGAUACACGUUGGAACCGACAUCGCUUACAGCGAAGAGUCUCCAUGCGCUCCUGGCGCUGCGCGGACCCGGAAGGACGAAUAGCGCAAAUGGCGCUUUCAGUAUAUUCGCCGACGCGGUAUUGGAAGGAAGUCCUCUUGAUCCACGAGCCUCGAAUACCGUUGCCCCAGAGGAAUAUCAGAGUGAAGGAUCUUCAGAGAAACAAGACGAGGAAGUCCAAAAACCGCCAUCUACGGAUGCUAAAGACCAACAGACACAAACACAAACACAAACGAAGCGAUCGAAUCUUCGACAGUCGGACUCAGAACAAGACCCCGAAGGAUCAAAGCGACGCAAACUAGCAGUUUACUCCCGUUUCGGUACGGCCGGAACGCCCGCCUCAGCAGCCGCGCUCGACAGGCUCGAUAUCCGCCUCUUGGAUCCUCCCGUUGCAGAGGACGAAGUCCUCGAUGAUGAUGUCGUUGACAGCACUGACGCACCAACAAUGACACUUACAUUUCACGGCUCAGAUGUCGUCUCCGGCCUGCGUCGUCUCGCGGAGCUAGGCGUCGCAGAUCCGGAGCGCAUGCCGUCGUGGAUGACUGGCGAAGAGGCAGUAAGCGUUGCUGCUGUGAAAGGAGGGAGGAGAAUUGUUCCCAAUAAUGAACGAUGAAAUGUAAUUCUAUUUCAGAUCGAUUUCAUUGUCAUUUUCCUUUUUUUCUUUAGAUUGUCUUCUUGCUGUGGGUCUCGCUUUUCCCUUUUGGAUUGUCGGAUUGCUUGUAUACAGACAACAGGAAGCUUAUGUGUGGUGUCGGGGAGGAUACCCGGCGUUUUGCGGAGUAACUUAAAUAGCAAGGACGAGGGAAAAGGAUAUGAUGGGGCUGUCCAAGAGACUUUAUAUUGGGGACAGCCUCUAGCUCAGCCAUAAGAGUA